AUGUACACCUCCACCUCGUCAACCACAUAUUUCCCCCCAAACCCAUCCACUUCGUCGAGCUCAUCUCCGCCUGAUGAUGACCGGGAUGUGCCUUCAACUCAACCACCACCGCAACAACACAGCGUCAUCGUUCGACCAGACAAUCUUGCCGCUCAACAAAUGCUUCAAUCUGGGAUUCUCGCUGAUCGAACCCCGGACACUCCGUAUUCGUAUUACUCGGAGAUCUACGGGAAUUUGCCGCUUUUCUUCACUCCCGAGUGGUCGCAAAUGGUUGGUGAAUUGAUUGGUUUUGAGAUAAGUGAAAACGGAUUUUGCUUUACCCAGCAAGCACAACUUGAAGCA